GGAAGUCGCCGCCAUUUUGUGCAGACACUCAAAAAAGCUUUCAAUGGAAUUUGCGAAGUUGUAUAUAUUGUCCGUUUCAAAUUCCUAGACAAUUUUGAUGGAUUUUUCCCAGAGAUUUUGGACGAGCUCGCCUAGAUGACGAACCCAUGUUGUAUAGUCAAAGAAGAAAGACUGGAAAGUGGCUGUUGGUGGUGAUUUGGUGUAUUUUUUAGUGCUACGACUACCCGCCGCAUAUUUGCGGCAUAUUUUGAUGCCAACAACAUGGCUGAGCUCGGGUUAGCAAAUAGAGAAAUGCGGAAACCGAAAGUUCAGAAGAGUGUAAUAUCCAAAAUACCACAAAACUUGACGAAAGAAGACUUACUAAAGUUACUCAGUUUGUUGGAAGGGGAACUACAAGCUAGAGAUAUCGUUAUUUUGAACAUGAAGGCCGAUAAAGAACGCCUAUCACAAGCAAAACUGAAAUAUGGUAAAUUUAGCUUUGGCAACCCAUUUACUGCCUUACAAAGAGACACAGAUGAGGGCGCUGUUGCUGGUACUAAGAAUACCAAUAUGCCAUGCAGUCCUAUGGUACACCUAGAAGCACUGAUGGAGCAACACCAGAAAGCAAAAGAUAAAAUGGUAAAACAGCUAAAGGAACUUGAUGAAAGCCAUGCUAAGGUACACAUCUUUGGUAUAGUGCUCAUUAUUAUUUGUCAUGUCUAG